AACCAAGGCCCACCAAAUCUGCUACACGCUCAUUGGACUGUUCUCGCUUAUUUCAAGCUCUAAUGGCAGACGUUCCGUCUUGCUUUCGCAAAUCCUUGUAGCCAUGUCAUCAUCUUCCGGUGGGAUAUGGCAUUUCUUAUCUAGUGCUUAGGAUAAGGUGUUAUUUGUAGACAAGUAGAAGGCUCGUCCCGCAGCCUUCGGAUACCGAAUCGUGCAAAACGUGUCGCAGACUUACCACGCGAUUAAAAUAGUCUGACGGCCGCCUACGAGAUUUGCAAAUCGUCCACCCUGAACAUAUCUCGUCCCUCAACCCACGUUGCCUGCUACCACAAUGGCUCCACGAACAUCAUCACGAACAUCAUCCAUCUGCUCGUCAGAGACCAUGGCCUCUGUGGCAUCUCAACAGUCUCAACACCAAUACUUGACGCCAGGACGGGCCUCCUUUAUCACAUCAUGGACAUCCUCCAUUGAACGCAGCCCUCAACCACACUCUGCCUCAGAUGCCGACGCCAUGUCCCGAGAGGCUGCUAUCGAGGCCUACCGACAGCUCAAAGUCGUACUCUUCUCAAAGGCCGCUUCUUCAACCUAUUCGCGGUCUGGCUAAACGUUUCUCAUCAGUGGUGAUGGAAAUCACUGCUAGAAGACCAUAGCCCUGGGCGACACGACCUGGACAGAACCACAAGGGGUGUCGACGACAUCGACCGUAUACGUCGUUGUCGAACCACCAUAACACUUUGAACAAUCGCCAGCGAGUUACUAUGAUGAACCCGAAUGUUUUUACGAUACCCAUAUUUUGCAUCUCAGCUUCUUUUUGGCAUUGGUGGCGUAGGAAAAUUAGGGUGUCACGUUCUGGAGGGUCGCGGGAUUCGACUUGGAAUUCCUUUGAUGGUGGCUUCGGACUCGGCAUGUAAACGUUGUACAAAUGUUUCUGCUCCUCUCGUAGAACACCAGUUUUCGAGCAACUGAUUAUGAACAACUGUUGUCGGCAUACAUAUCAUAAUGAAAC